AUGUCAGUCCAGCGAGAUGUGCGUGGUCUCCACCAGACCAGCGACCUCGGGCUGCAGCUGGACGGCACCCCGAUCCCCGCGCUCAGCGCCUCCGACUCUUACCAGUACUUGGGGAUCGGGGAUGGCUUCGACCAUGUGCGCCGUCGCGUCGAGCUGGGACCAGCUAUCGCCCAGCUCAAGCAUGAUGCGACGGCACUGCUGCAGUCCGGGUUGGCGCCGUGGCAGGUGGUCAAGGCGGUCAAGGUGUACCUUUACCCGCGCGUCGAGUACGCCCUUCGGCACUUGCGACCGUUCGCACAGCAGCUGGAGGGCUUCGAUCGCCACCUUGUUCGCGGUCUGCGCCACCUGCUGCGGCUGCCGACUAGCACUACGACAGCGUUUCUUUAUGCUCCUGUUUCUCGUGGAGGUUUGGGGCUUCUGCCCUUGACGGAGCUGCACGGGGCACUUCAAGUGGCGCAUGGGUGGCAGAUGUUGCACUCUUCUGACCCUGCCACCCAGCGCAUUGCCCGCCAGCAGCUCCGUCAAAUUGCAGAGGCCCGCUACAAGUUGGAUGUCGUGCUGUGGAAGGACCGUGAGGAGGAGCUGGGCGAGCUCCUUCUCAACAGUAAGCUGGGGGCGUCGGACCCAGCGCCGCCCAAGCGAAGGAAUGCGGACAUUGGGUCGCUGUGGUUCGACGUCCGGGGUCACCUUCACCGCUUCGGCCUCAUGUUUGAGAUGGCGCCAGCGGUGGAGGAGACGGGACGCCGGCCAAGAGGUUGCAGCUUCGCGUGCCCCACCACGAUGGUUGGUUGGACCAUCGGGAUGUCCUUCGGCACGUGA